GCAUUCUUAAAAGUUUGAAUAAAGUUGAAAAAAUAAUAAUAAUGAUUAAAAUAUUUUUGCUUGUCCUCAGUCUUUUUGGAGCGCUAAACAUCACAACGUCAGUUAAUAUUGAUUGUAGAUUUGGUCUUCAUAAUUUUUACAUAGCUAAACGUGUCUAUUCGUGUACUAUUAAAAGUGUUACCUCAGUACAAUAUGACAAUACCUAUGUAACAGGGAUCCAUACUGUUCGAUCAAGUAAUGAUGACGUAAAUGGAAUUUUUGGUAAUAUUGGAAACGUCCAGAAGUUUCCAAAAGGCUUGAGUAAUUCUUUCAAAAAUCUCCAGUCAAUUCAUUUUAAUAACGGACAUAUUAAAGAACUUGUUGCAGAAGACAUUAAAUCAUUCCCGCAAUUACGGGAACUCUAUUUCGAACGUAAUAAAAUCGAAGUAAUUGAAGAAGGAACUUUCGAUUUUAAUCCCCAAUUGGCAGGCAUCUCAUUUUUGCAUAACAAGAUUUUUCACAUCCACGAAAAUGUUUUCGAUCAUUUAAUGAAUUUGAAUAAUCUUUGGCUAAAUGGAAAUCCAUGUCCAAAUGGUGUGGCUAGAAACAAUCGAAAUGUCGUUUUUAAACUAAUUGCUACAGCCAAAUCUACUUGUCAAAGUGCAGCUUUUUUGAGGUUACAGAAAAAGUUUAAAGUAGAUUGUUCGACUUUGCCACCUCCAACUCUUCCACCUAUCACUACAACGUGUGCUCCUCAAAUUGUGCUUACUGAAAAGCCUUGUCCAACUGACAAGCCUGUACCAAUUUGUCCUAUAUGCUCAAAUAUCAGCCUAUCGCCUACAACAUGUCCUCCUCCAAUUAUACAUACAACUUCUAUAACCACCGAAAAACCUUGUCCAACCCAAAAGCCUGCCACUAAAUGCCCUAAAUGCUUAACAAAGUGUGAAAACAUCGGCGACAUUUUUGAUGGAUAUGAUCAAAUUAUUGCUGACAUUCAAGCUCAAUGUGAAUCAUCUGGAAAUCAAUUAUAUAAAAGUAAAAUUGAAGAUUUUGAAGCUGAUUUUGGAAACAUGCAUUCUGAGUUUUCACAUAAAUUAUAUUUGAAGUCUGAAAAUUUGAAAAGUAAUAUAAGUCAAAUUUGUGAAUAAAUUGUAACUUUUUAUCCUCUUUUGUGAACAAAAU